AGAGUUAUGUUUUAGUAUGAAUUCCUAUUGCCAGUUAUGAAGUAAUGUUCUUAUAAGUACUUAGGAGUGAAUAUAUUUUUAGUUCUUAAAUCUUAUAAACGUGUUUUUCAAUUUGUAAAUCUGUGAUGAAAUUUUGUAGUUUCUUUAAAUUUUUAUGUUCUUACAUGUUAAGUUGCCAAAAAUAUGUGUUGUUCGUGUAUUCGGACUGACAGAUCAUAAGAUAUGGUCUAUACGAUAAAAUUGUUUUCAACAUGGCAGAUAAUAAUAAAAAACGAGACAGUUUCAGAAAAUUGUUUCCAAUGUUGUUCUUUUCAAAUAAAAACAAACAGAAAUCUAUAAACGAUACUCACGUAUCAAAAAAAGUUAGUACAAAAAGUGGCACCAGUAGGGACAAUCAAUAUCAGAACCCGAGAUCCGUCUUACAGAAGCAUGAGGCACAUAAUACAGUGGAGGAAGAUGAUGAUCGUGUCUAUGAAAACCUUUCCACGGUAUCUCGUCAGCAGAAUGUAAGCAACUACCCAAAUAACCAUUCAUCCAGCAGCACAUUAGUGUCAGAAAACGUUACUCCGCAACAUGAAAAUACACAAGUUGUAACAAUAACGAGUGAUCGAAACGAUUACAAAUAUAUAGCAAGGCCACAAGUACCGCCAAGGUUGAUGAAUGAGGUACAAUUACAUACGCCACUCAACACAGUGUCAAAUACGUUGAGAAACAAUCCAUACCCUGACGUCUACUAUCAUUCUUUAGAGAAACUUAAAGACAUUAAGCCAAUUAAUGAAACGGAAAUCUAUGAAGCAUCUCGUUCUCAGAUCAAUCCGGCGUCGGUAGGCGCGGAAAUAAAAAAAGUCAGCACAAGGUUUCUGAUUUCACCAAAGAAGGAAGCUGAGGUCAGAACAAUACAACCGACGAGGGCGCGGAGCUUAUCGCUUGAUAAAGAGAAACUUAAAAGCAACGGAAACUAUAAUAAACAACCUUGUAAAAAUUUCGAAAAACCAUACAAUUAUUCAGCACCUUCUACACCAGUUGCUGUAAAUAAUAAGAUACCAAACAUGCCUGCAACUAGUUCACCUUACGAACAAGUUAGAAAAACGAUGAUAGAAGCAGAGGAAAGAAGAAAUUCGGUAAGCAGAUGCAGCUCUCGCAAUAAGUUUACUCCGUCACCCAUGCUCCUUCAUGGUUCUUCUAAAUCAUCAAAUGAAAAUGUAAGAAUAGGUGAUACGAUGACAAAAGAAAAGACCCGGAAGCAAGUGGAAGCUUUUUACUGGCAUAAAAUUGUUGAAAUGAAACUAAAGGAGGAUGAAUAUCUUUUGAAACAAUCAAUAAACAACAACAUGAGAAUGCCCCGAUCAAGUCAACCGACAUAUUCCACGUCAAAUUGCAGUACGCCGACAUCAUUUGUAACAGAUCCAAGAAGCUGCAGUCUGCCGAGAGGAAACGAAAUAAACCAAGCCAUAUAUUCUUCACCAUUUACGAGAGGUGCUAUGGAGCGGAGGACGGAUUCUUUCAUUACUAAUAAAACGGUCAGAAGAGAUCCCCACAUAGUGUACCGUCAUCAGGAACCUUCACAGCAGAUUGUAAAAACUAAAAUAUUCGAUCGCGGUUCACUGACACGCGAUCCUGUUGUUCUGCAACAGUCCAAGCGAGUUAGUUUUGACAAUCCGAUGUACCGUGGGACAGUUUUCAAUUCAGGAACACAAAGAAGGGAUGUGACGUCGCCAGAAUUGGGGCAUAAGGAACCCCCGCGGCCACCAAUUCGUACUAGUAGUGCAGUUAGUGCAAACAAAAAUCACAGACUAGUGUCUAAUAACAGGAACACUGUUAAAGUUAUGGGCGGACCUCAUUCAAUCUGUUCAGAAUCUGAGAGCGGCUCCGAGGCUGGUGAAAUUCAGAGGAUAAUGCAGAACAACGGAAGGCGAGAAGAGGACUGGCAAAGCGAUCCUAGACUUGACGGUGGUCAGUCUGACACAGAGGCAGGACGGGGGCCGCCGCGGGGUCGGCCCUCCCGACGAGAUGAUCCCCGACGACACACACUUGCUGGCAACCAUUUGUAUACACAGCAAAGCGCGAUUACUGGACUCGAUGAGGAGAGAUAUCGUGUUGCGAACGUGAACAUUCCAGAAUACGCUGUUCCUGAUAAAAAUCGCAUUAUGAAGCCUUAUCCACAAAUAUAUCCUAGAAUGAAAAAGCCGCCACUACCUCGGUAUCUGCCGGCUCCCAGCAACAUGUUGUUUGAGGACGAUCCGGGCGUAAUGUCCGAGGUCGAAACCUCAUCCACUGGAUUUAGACGCGGAGGGAAACAACGGUCUUCACUACCCGUUGUUCGUACCCCUAGCAAAACACUGGAGCGCCCCCUGGGUUUGGUUUUUCUACAAUAUCGUAGUGAGACCAAACGGGCGCUCCUACCAAAUGAAGUCACCUCUAUCGAUACUGUAAAAGCACUUUUUGUAAGAAGUUUUCAAAAACAAUUAACUAUGCAAUACAUGGAUAGCGAUCACGUGAAGAUAUACAUACACGACACAUCGAAAGAUAUGUUCUACGAACUUGAAGACGACAGGGCACAUCUACGGGAUAUUCGUGAUCGCUCUGUACUACGACUAUUUGAGGCAACAGACAUGGGCGGAGGAGUUUUUCCCGGUUCAGUCGGGGCAAGCUCCGUGGCCAUGCCUUCAACUUCGUCCUGGGAUCAGGACCAGAAUUACUUCAGCGAACCUGAGAUCGACUCGGACUACCAUCACCAACAUGUCCAUAACAAGAGCAAAGUAAAGGCUCCUGCUUACUACAUGGGCACCCCUGCUCCUAGUACCCUUCCGCGUGGAGGGUCUCUUCUUCGUGCUUUCUCUCCCGCUGCUCCCCCUGUUCCAGCUGAUCGAGUCAAAGCUUUGCCACCAGGUCCUACAGCGCCCAGCAAACCGGUCCGCUCGUACAUCCCGGGAAGCGGAUCGGAGCGGUGUUUCCCCUUUGCCUCAGCUGAAUGCCCUCGCGGUACCGACCAACUAUACUCUAUCCCUGCUCAUUCUGGCGAUGGAUAUAUGUCGUCUCCCGAACGCAGCGCGCCACGGCCUUAUGAAGAUCCUUACUACACUCAAUUCCUUGGCCCAUCUGCAGGAAGGACUGGAAUCGCUCCAGUUAUUGACGAAGAAGCCAAUGACUCGGUGAUAAUAGAUGAUGCAUACCAAAUGUAUGGCGUAAAUGCAAUAACAACAGCACCUCGGCCCAUGCCGCGGCCGGGCCCAUUCGAAAGGCUUGGCGCGCCACUCGAAGAUAUGCAGCGUCUCCGUGUAGAGAAGAUGGAACGUCAGCUCGCAAACCUUACGGGACUCGUGCAGAAAGCGCUGCAAGUCCCAGCGGUGGUGCCCGCACCUCCUGCUGUAGCUCCUAGACAGGAGUAUCAACCCUACGCUGCAAGACCAGCUACGCAAGAUGCAGCACGAUUUGCCAGCACCGAGAGACCUCCAAAAUUAGGCAAAGACAGAUUUCAAAAAUCUGUCUCUUUUGAGAAAUCGGUAUCCUUUAGCGAUGACCCACCAGAUAUGAAUUCUCCCAAACAGCAUUCGCCUCAACACUCAGCUGAUACAAAACCAACAAAACCGGCAAUCAAGUCAUCUACAUUGCCGAGGACAUCAUCUCAAGAACGUGAUCGCUUGAAACCCGCCCCGCCGCCCAAGCCAGUUGGACUCGUGGGCCAGCAGCUUCCCUUGCCACCUCAGAAGACCUGCACUCUUAACGUCAAUCCAGAUUUCUUUAAUCAACUACGGUCUCUACAGAAGCAAAGCCGUGAUCUUCGUAUUGAGACUCGCAAUCUUCGUCGGUCUACUUUAAAUCAAUCCAUGCAGAUGAGGCAAUUGAUGGCCGAUACCAUUACAAAAAUAGGUGCCAUCGCUGCGAGCUUUUGUCAGGAAGAUCCAGACUCGCAAUUAACUCGCGAAGAAGAGAUCUAUCGCCAGGAUAUGCUGCUAUUGGAGAACGAUUUGUAUGAAUUGGAAGCCACAGUUGAACGUCUGCGUGGCCAAGCGGCAAAUAGUUGCAGGGAAACCCGCGUCAAUAUGGCGGACAUCGAGCGCAUUGCAAUGGUGCUUUCAAAGAGCAGCAAAACCGUAGCCGACUGGAAACUGAAAUUCCCGAUUCUUCAAGAAACAAUGAAGACUAAGCUUGCUGGUGAAAUGGAAAAGGUGGUCCGUAAGGAGAAAAUGCUGGAAGAUGAACCAGAGCGUUUGGAGCUUGCUUUGCGUCGCUGCAAAAAAUUGACAGGCACGCUUGUGACUUUGAAGAGGUUGGCUUGCGUCCAAGAACAGCGCCUGCCGGUCGGCGACGGCCGCGUGUCUCCGAGCUCAUCCCAGAGCUCCAUCACUGUGGGCCCCUCAUCUGAGGAAUAUACUUCCGAAACCGCAUGCACAAGUGCGCCCACCAACAAGGCCGCCAGCGGCGGGCGAGGUGCUGCGCCCCGGGGAACAACGGAGCUGCGGCCAGAGAACGCCCUCGAUGCGUUACUAGACGAACUGCAAACUUUCGCCAAACCGGCGGAACGCGGCGGGCGCGGCGACCCCCGAGACCCUCCUCUGCGCCGCCUUCACUCUUACCCCAGCGGCAGCGAUACGGAUGCUUCGCCCCCGGUACGUGCUCGCGGCCAACACCCUCCAAAGCCUCCAGUACCGGAGCGACAUCCUGAACUUCUAGCAAUGGCCGUCCGUCGCGCCCCGCCGCCGCCGCCGCCCCGCACCACCUCCCGCUCCCCGCUGGCCUCACCAACCUCACCACCCUCGCCCCCUUCGCCGCACUCCCCCCGCUCACCCUCUUGCCUAACUCACACCGCUGAAAUCAACGAUGACAAAAACGCCUCGCGUCAAGCUCUCCUAGAACAGCGCCACCAAGAGCUCCUUAAAAAACAAAAGGCACUACAAGAACAAUACGCUAGACUGCAAAUGAUCCAACGCAGUGGGCCCACAUUACCGAUUAACGCCCAACCUGAUCUUAAAAAAACUGGUAGCGAAUCCAAUCUCCUCACAAAAUUAAAUCUUAAUCUAGCACCAGCGAAUAUGUCCGGCAGUAUGACACAUUUAGCAGGAGAAAGUAAAAAAAAACAAAACGAUUUAACUUCAGAGCAACAAAAUCCUAAGGAGACAGUGCCUGACGCGAUGGCCACUACUAAUAAGGUUUACGAGACUGACAUACUGUGACCGUGUACAUUUUGUUUUAUAUCCGUUACACCUACGUUGUUAUAGACCAUAUAUACAUUAGUACUUUGUAUUUUAUUACUGUAAUUAUUAUAAAUUUUUUAAACGAUUUUGUUAACAUUCGUAAUGUUAUCUUUGAAACUUUUUUAUAUUUGAUACCUUUUUGUAUAAUUUAGUGUCAGUCCUAUAUUAAGAAUUCGCUUGACCCAUCUCUAAGCCUUAUUCCCAAACAUACGCAAGCAUAAUUCCGCUUUAGCUGAGAAUAAUUAACAAUAACAUUAAAACAACAACAUGGCAAGUUUACGGAAUAUCGAAAUGCCUACCACUGAGGAAUAUUAAUCAAAUAUAUGUAGCCAAAUAGUACCUUUCAAUAAAUGUGAAAUGUGUGUCCCUAAGAACAAAAUGUUAACCCUUUACCCCAAAUUAUACAUGUUAGAUAUAAUACUGUUAAUUUGCAAGCAGAUAUACGAGACGAAACACUAAAAUGUUUUAUUGGAAGGAUGAGGUUUUUACAUAAACAUGUCCAUUUUCUCGGUCAACCUAUGCAGUUUACAAUUUCAAAAACAAUAAAUAACAAUGCAAUUAUAUCUGCUUGCAAAUAAUAUCUUUUUGGAUAUCGUUUAAAACAUUCCAUUCUGUAGUAGAAUACACAUUUAUCUUUAUACUUACGCAUAUCCAAUAACAUCUUGUGAAUGAUUGUCUGUGACAUUACGUUUCUAUUACGCUUAUGUUGAUAUCAAAGUUGCGUUUAUUGUAAUUCUACAAUAGAAUGAGAACAACCCAAAAUAGUCUGUUGAAUUCAGCAUAAAUUUGAAAGUGUGGUUAAAAAAUCCACAUACACUUAUAGUGUAAAAAAAAUAUUUGUGACUCAAAGUAGCCCCUUAAAUUUUAGCUUAAGAAUUCUAUUAUGAAGUGCCAAAACUCAAAAGUUUUUUUUGUAAUAUUUACACUGUUCGCUUUGAGGAAUUUAAAACACGCUAUAUUAUGGUUCAAUUGAUCAUAAAUGGCGAUCUAUAAAACCUAUCAAAUCUGCCGUGAGCUUAAUUUUAGAACAUAGAUGACAUCUAUGUUUUUUUGUAUUCCAAAUCCGUUAAAUAUCUGCUCCAACCGCAACGUACCUUCAACAAUUCGAUAUGUUCUAUCACAACGAAAAUACUACUUUUAUCAAUUAAAUUUAUCGAAAUUAUAAAUUUCUUUAUAAACUAUAAUAUAAUAUUUUUGACGGCAACAUUUGAACGAUCAAUAUUUAUGCAACGUCAUUGAGACGAAGGGAAUUAAGAAAAAAAAAUUUAUUGUAAAGUAUUUAAUGACAUUUAAGUCUGUUGAUAUUCAUGAAGUAUUAAAGCUUGGUUUUCAUUAUAUGUUACCUACUUUUGUUUUAUAAAUUUAACUUACCGAUGUGAUUAUUUUUCAUACAUUAAUUGGAUAUAUUAGAUUUCAGCUAUGUGAUUAAUUUCAAAUUCCGUCAAUAAUAUUAUGUUAGUUACCAGUAUUCAGUUGAAGUAUAUUAAUGUUCAGUAUGUUUGUGAUAGUAAUAUGAGUGUUUUUUAAAAUAUUCUUAUUUUUAGACUCAAGUAUAUCGUCUUAACCAAUGUAUAGAAUCUAGAUUUAGUAAUCAUAUUUCUAUGUUAGCGUAUGUCAAGCCAAAUGAGUGUAUGCUUAUCAAUGUUAUUUGUGAACACUACAGUUCUGCGGUGGCAUUGAAAUAAUAAAAUCGUAUAAAUAGAAAUGUGAAUGAAAUAAUGACAAAACUGCUAUUCAUCCCACACACGACAGUACGAUUGUGACUAACAUAAGUACGAACAGAGAUCAAAAUCUAUGCCACCGCAAGAACUCACUUCACCACUUUUAUUAUUCAAGCACAAUAUCAUAAGCACUUAGAAGUUAAUUUAAAUCACCAACGAUGAAAUGUCAAGAAAUAGCAACCCGAAAAAAAAAUAAAACAACAUAUAAAUACAUUAUAAUACUAUACAUGCGCUAGCCAAGUAGGUAGUAUAUGCAAUAUGACAUAGCAAGAAUACUUACAUUUUGCGUAGCAUGGAAUCGGUUUCAUUUACAGAGAGAAAAAAUAUUUUUGAAAUAACAAUAGCAAAAUUAAUUUUCGUAAAAUAUCUGAGCACUCAAAGGAUUUGAAAAAAAAAAUAUUUUAUUUAUAUCAUACUAUGGAAUUAUGUCGCAUUGCAUCCGUGUGUAUCUGCAAUUUCUUAACAUAUAAAUUGGGAUGUAAAACUGUAUUUUUUCAUUCCAAUUAUAAAAUACCACUCAUUCUACAUUUUAAAUGUAUGUAAAUUAAUAUUAAGCGUAUUAUACUAACUUAAACUAGCACGACUUCUAUGUAUAAUGAUGUGUAGACGUAUUGAGGUAUUAUGUUACAAGAAAUGUUAACCCUAGCCACAAAAUAUAUGUUACUAUUAUAGUUUUUAAUUUUUAAUUAUGUUAGUUUUAGUAUGAAUUAAUGUUGUUUGAUAAUUUCGGCCAUGGAAGCCACUUAUAUCGUUUGAACAGCUAGCAAUGCAAUUAAUUAUUUGCUCGUUUAAAUCGCUCGUACCAGCAGCAAAUACAAUAUUUAUCUAUUUAUAAAAGAUAAACAAUAUCUACAAGCUUUUCUCUGUCCACUAUGUACUUAUCUUAGAUCGAAAUAUACUUAUUUUAUUUGAAUAGCCAUGUCAAAUUUGUUGAAACAAUUGUUAGUAAUUUUAUUAAAUCAAUUAAACGAUCUUAAUACAAUUAUUGUCUAUUAUAUUUUAUAGCUUCAAGCUGUGACAGUUAUUAUUAGUUGUUAAUUUCUUUAAACUGCGUAUUAUCUUGUUUAGUUACUAGUUCAUGUUAUUUAAAUAGUUUAUUACCGAAAUAGCUUCUGUAUGUUUUAAUGUGGAAUUAUAUAUAUAUAUACGUCAA